ACAAGUCAUAUAUCGGUAGUUAUACAAGCCAUAAAUAGGGGAGGUUGCUGCGGUCUUUGUUUCGCCGAGCUGUCAUCCCAGUCUGUUUCUAAACCAACCAAUGGAUUCACUCAGGCUGUCAAGGGAGUCGCGUCUCGAUUGAGAUAGGUCGCGAUGUUGCCCAUCAUUUUCGUCUGUUCCGCCGCCGCCACCAACGACGUACCGCCUUUCCUCGUUUAGAUCUUGCUGCCUAGCAACUAUCAUUUUUUGCCCUCGCGAGUUUCCAAAUUGUCGCAGAAUUGUUCCUGCACAUCCAGGUUUCACCUCCUUGCCCCCACCCUGCUAAUUUCCCACUUAAUGUCGCGGUGAACAAGCUUCCUCCUAUUAUGGCCAUACCGGUAUCCCUCGCUUGAGCACUAUCAGGAUCCAUCCAGAUGGUGUCGCGCGGCCGUUAUCGCCGAUUAACGGUGCUCUCAGUCUUUCUAAUAAUAUCUCUUGGCCACUUGGCUUUCCCUCGCCUUGUGCUGACCGCGGGCUCACUGGAAGAGCGAUACCCUCUACUCUGGCAACACGUGCAUACCUUUGAAGGACACGGGGGCGUGUGGUAUAUCCCGCCAGACUGGGUCCAGCCAAGUAUCCGGCCUCAGAAUAUUCUCGAAGCUGCUCAAUUGGCUAUCCAAGCGACCAAUUCAAGUGAUGUACAUCUUCAUAUACCGCAUUCGCAAAUUCCCUUGAUCGUGCAUCAGACUUGGGGUCAUCGGCGCAUCGACACUUGGUCGGAGGACUUGCGGCAGAGUGUGGAAAAAUGGCUGCAGUUCGUGGUAGAGGGUAGUAUGGCGUAUUUCCUCUGGGAAGACGAGGGCAUGGUUGAGUUUAUGGAUCACUUCGCGCCUGAAUUCCGUGACCAAUAUUCGUCGCUGGCCUCGAUGGUUGAGAAAACGGACGUCUUUCGCAUUCUAGCUGCCAAAUGUGUUGGAGGGAUCUAUGGAGAUCUCGAUGCUGAGCCACUAAAGUCACCCGCCCAGUGGAUCACUUCCGAGGAUGUUUCACCAUGGAAGGACCCCCACACUGGGUCUGUCUAUAGCUCGACGAAGCCUGUCGGUGCAGUUUUUGGCAUUGAGGCGGAUUGUCCACCCGAUGGAAACGCCUGCUGGCGUAUGGGCUAUCCUUAUUCUGUUCAGCUCACUCAAUGGUCCUUCGCCUCGAGACGAGACCACCCUCUCCUGCACCGGUACCUUGAUAACCUCUCCAAUCAGUUACAGGAAGUUGCGAACCACUACGGGGGAAGUUUACGCGCUCAAGAAGCUCGUACUGAACUGCAGUCCCUCGAUCCUCUGUCUCUCACGGGACCAGAAGCCGUCACUCGCGCCGCUCAGGAGUGGCUCAAUGUUUCGGCUGGAUUGAGAUGGAAUGCGCUGACUGGUCUACAAGAUGGAGGAAAGGCCAAACUAGUUGAUGAUGUGUUAAUCCUUCCUAUCACUGGCUUCAGUCCUGGUCGGGGAAAGUAUGGCAAUAUGGGCUCUAAGCCUAUUACGGAUCCCACAGCGCGGGUACACCAUUACGGUCAAGGGUCAUGGAAGAAGUUUGACCUGAUAGUCGAGCUUGGUAAAUUUUGUCGUACGGUGCUUGGAUUUUGUGGGAACUGGUCGACGGUGCCGAGCAUAGCAUGAUACAAUCCACUGAUCGCUUCCCUCCUUGUUUAAUGUAUAAUAUAUAAUAUAAUGUUCUGCAUGGGUUAGUAUAAUAUCGAGCUACCCGUCUACAUUUUGUAAGUGUUCUGUAUUUCCAUAUUCAGC